AACUACCGCGGCAAUCUCCGCACCCAGCGACCUGUGAAGUCAAUCACAUCAAGUUCAAGACAUUGAGUGCAUAGAGCUGAUACUAGGUCAUCAUUAGUUCCAUCUAACCCGCCAAAUACUGAGUAUCUUUCGACAGUACAUUCUUCCUAUUCUGAAUCACUUUUCCGCCAAAAUGUCGGGAUCAGCUGAAGGAUCUGCCAACACGACCAAGGCCGUGACCGAGGAGCCUACUGCCAGCGGCCAGGCCAGCGCGCUGCCGCCCAAGCCCACUGCUUCGCUGGAGGAAGAUGAUGAAUUCGAAGACUUUCCUGUGGAUGAUUGGACGAAAGAGGAGACCGAAGUACCUGAUGGCGAGACGCAUCUCUGGGAAGAAAGCUGGGAUGAUGAUGACACGAGCGAGGACUUUUCUGCGCAAUUAAAGGGAAGAGCUUAAGAAGGUUGAGGCGAACAAGCGCGGAUAGAUUCUUUAUCAUUUACCACCUCCAUCUCCGCAAAAUAUUCUACGACCUUGAAUUAACAUCCUAAUCACCCACCUAUCCUUUUUUUGAUCCCAUUUUCACGGCGUUUGGCGGCAUCUCAUAUGAGUAAGAUGACUCUUCAAGAUCAGAUUAGCUCG